AUGAAGUUCAUUGUACUGUUGUUGGCUGUUGUUGUGGCUAGUGUGCAUUCAUGGACAUUGGAUUAUACUGGUGCUAGACAAGUAUCAUCACCACAUUUCAACCGUGGACGUCAAGGUCAUGCCAUCACAUGCUUGGUUCUUCAUGGUACAGCUGGCGGUGGCACAAUUGAAUGGUUUCAAAAUCCAUCAAGUAAAGUCUCUGCACAUUACGUUGUUGGACAAGACGGAUCGGUUACGCAAAUGGUCAGCGAAGAUGAUACAGCAUGGCAUAAUGGUGUUGUAACAACGAACUCACAAUUUUACGGUCGUGCAAAUCCAAAUUUGUGGUGUAUUGGUAUUGAAUUCAGUCGUAAUGUUCAAAAUAAUAAUGUAAUGCCUGAAGUACAAAUUCAAGCGGGCAUUAGAUUAGUCGCUGAUAUAAAACGUCGUUAUCAAGGUAUUAAUAUUUAUACACACGACCAGUUUAAUGUUGGACGCACAUGCCCAGGCCCGAAUUUUCCACUGGCUCGAUUUAAAAGUGCUUAG